UUUUCCCAUUCGGAUAUCGUUUGUUUCCCCCAGGUUCCCAGUUGUCAUCAACGGACUGAAGUCGGAGAUUUCCAAUCCCACUUGUUUUGAACAUGUAUGCCUUUGAAGUCGUAAUUGUACCAUCUGUGAAAUUACGGAUAAAUGCGAAGACAGUGUACAAUAUUCCGAUUGAUUUUCAUUUGUAUUUAUCGAUAAAGUAAAAAUAAUAAUAAUAACAGAGAAAGAGGCGAAGCAACAGGGUUGACUCCGCCACGAAAAUAAGACCACGAAGUAAGGAUUUUCUUUCAAUGAACGUGUCGAAUUUGGUCAACAAAAUAUGUAAUUGCUAUUUAAAGUUAUUUGAUCGAAUAGACGUUCGUAGUGGCUAUGUGGUUAAGAAUGCAGUGGUAUAAGUGGACGCACGUGGCAUUUCGUUAAAAAAACUACUUUAUAUCGGAGUUGUGCAUUCAGAUCGCUUGAAUGAUUGCUACUUUGCGGAACGGUUUGUACUGAACGACACAUUUCCUCAAAACGUUUUUGAACAUACUUUAACCUCUUGAUACUCCCCAUCCCGGCCUCAAAACGUUUUUGAACAUACUUUAAGGUACGUUUGCUCCAUUUAGACAUUCUGUGUCAUUAGCGUCUGUGACCGUUUGUACAGGGCCGUUGUGGCUAGAACCCAUAGUGGUUCCAACCCCAGGUGACUACUUUAAAAUGGUGGAAGUCUUCAAUGGCGUUGCGCAUGCUAAAACGUCAUUUUGGCCACUAGAGGCCUCUUUCCUUCUGUAUGCUCCUGUUUGGUGGGUGUGGCUUGAAGCAAUGAUGACGUAAUUAAAGGGGAGUGGCCAUGAUGACAGCGUUCUAAAACAACAACUCAACCUCUCCCCGUUUUUCAUCUGGACGUUCAGUACAGCGCCAUUUCCAUUUAAUUGAACGCAGCCCUGUUGUUCACACGCGUAUCUGCUCUCUCGUUGGCUCGAACGGUCCCACCUGAUCUAGCCUUCUCCCACCUGACAUAUUUAAAGACAUGUAAUUCCGAUGUUAGAGCGGUCACUCGACUGUCUUGACUAUAUAUUAAAAGGUCUUUGAGCGAUUGUUUGCAUAAUAUUUUACGUAAAACAGCGAGCGUGAUUGCGUCUGCGUGUUUGUUGCAACGCAUGAGGCGCAUACUCUGUUGCAAUACGUUGAAGAAUAUCAGGGAAGUAGGUAAAUACUUUUAAUCCCCAGGUUUCUUUGAUAGCUUGCUGUCGAGCCUUAUUUUAUCAGUCACUUUCCACGAAAACUACCAGGGAUUCUACAGACAUGGAUCUCAGUGACAUGCGAAAAAAAUACAAAGGAGACGAAGAGUGCUUUGAAGAGAAUCAUCUUGUUUCUCUGGACCCCAUCAAGCAGUUUGGAGAUUGGUUUGAUCAAGCCACAAAGUGUCCUGAAAUCGGAGAGCCCAAUGCAAUGUGCAUCGCCACGUCCACCAGAGAUGGACGUCCAUCUGCUCGAAUGGUCUUGUUAAAAGGCUACAGUGAAGAAGGCUUCCGGUUCUUUACCAACUACGAGAGCCGGAAAGGUGGUGAGCUGGAGAGCAACCCUUAUGCGUGUCUGUGCUUUUACUGGGAGCCUAUCAACAGGCAGGUCCGUAUCGAGGGCAACGUGGAGAGAAUCCCUUACCAGAGCUCCUGUGACUACUUCCACUCCCGGCCCAAGAGUAGCCAGAUCGGGGCCGUUGUGAGCAGACAAAGCACUGCAGUCCCUGACAGAAAUUACCUGAGACAGAAAAAUGCAGAGCUGAAGGAAAAGUAUAAGGACACAGAUGUCCCCAUGCCCGACUACUGGGGAGGCUAUAUCGUCAAGCCUUACUUGAUAGAGUUCUGGCAGGGUCAGACCAACAGGCUACAUGACCGCAUCGUCUUCACGAGGCUGAAAAAUGGAGAGAGUGUUCUAGAAGAGUAUGAACAUAAUGCUGAGGCGGGCUGGGUCUACCAGAGGCUAUCCCCUUGAGGUCGGUUACAUUAGGGGAAAUGGACUAAAGGCAAGGCUGGAGAUUGGGCCAAGAGUACAACUCACUCAUGAUGUCAUCAUCGUCAACCAAAUGACCACCGUCAUCUCAAUGCAGUAGGAGCCUCUCAUGUUGAUGUUGAAUAACUACGUGCUAUAUGUGUGUCUUUAAAAAAGCAAAUUAUGGCUUGUUUUCUCCAAUCGUUCUUGUUUAAUAACAAAUCAAGGAGUUUUUUUUUUAUAUUUUUUUUUAUAUAUAUAUAUAUAUAUAUUUCCUUCUGGAUGGUUAGGAGGCCUGAUUGCCUGUUGUCUCCAGGACAACAAUGGGAAAUGAUCAACGUGAUGCGACUAAACGGUCUAGCAUGUAACCUGUGACGGAAGGUUUCACUAAUCUCAAUAUGCUGAAUGGCAUACUUUACAUUCCCUGACGCUUGAUGUGCAAAGUCUGUCUUGUACAGUAGUUAAUGUUAGAUAAUUAUUGACAGUUAACCGGUUAUCCAAUGAAAAUGCAUUUCCGCGACCUCCACAACCCCUGGAAACUCUGUACUUGUAAAAAGUACAAUCUCCAGUAGUGUCUGUUAUUUAACAUUUGUACCGGAGUUCCACUGUAUUGGAUGACAUGUUCUGUCUAGCAGCUAAUAUGUCUUCUGAAGGCCCAAAUCCACAGCAGUUUCUCUGUCAUGUAAUACAGAUAGCUUAUUAGGCUGUAGUCCCUGUGUUGAAUUUGUUAUGGAUUGAUUGUCAUGUCUGUGGCUCAAACUGCCUUUUUAAUAUAGGUAAAUUAAGAUUAGAAGAGUUGGCGCGAGUUCAGUUGUGCCAAGAUUAUUCAGUGCAUAAAGUUAGUCAUGUCUGAGAAUGAGCUUGGUUGUUCACUUGAUUUUCUUGGUGUGUGAAGACCUCUGCGUUCGCGACAGUUGAAAUGGCACAUCUGAAUUGUGAUCGACUGAAUGGAUGUGAAAAUGUUUUAAUCUGCAAGUGAGUAUUCCGUGCUUUUUCUGGCCAAAAGAUGUUGGUGUUAGUGGUUAAGGGCGCUGUACUGCAGCACCAGCUGUGCCAUCAGAGACUCUGGGUUCGUGCCCAGAGUCCGUGGGGCGACGCACAAUUGGCCCAGCGUCACCCGGGUUAGGGAGGGGUUGGCCGGUAGGGAUAUCCUUGUCUCAUCGCGCACCAGCGACUCCUGUGGCGGGCCGGGCGCAGUGCACACUAACCAAGGUUGCCAGGUGCACUGUGUUUCCUCCGACACGUUGGUGCGGCUGGCUUCCGGGUUGGAUGCGCGCUGUGUUAAGAAGCAGUGCGGCUUGGUUGGGUUGUGUAUUGGAGGGCGCGUGACUUUCAACCUUCGUCUCUCCCGAGCCUGUACGGGAGUUGUAGCGACAAGAUAGUAGCUACUAAAAACAAUUGGAUACCACAAAAUUGGGGAGAAAACGGGGUAAAAUAAAUUUUAAAAAGCUACAUUUUACCUACCACUAAGUAUGUUGCCAUACACCUUGACAUUUUGAUGUUUUUCAAUCAACUUUAUUUCAUGCAGACCUUUUUAGCGUGUUAGAUGAAACAGAACUGUAUAUAAAUAAAAUAAUCACUGGA